UGUGAUUCCAUGGAAUCACAGGGCCAAGGACCCUGUGUUCCUCGCCAAAAAGUCUAGAAAUAGGCUAUCCUCUGGACCGUUGUCCGCUGCUGCCGCGCUGGUCGGUCUCAAAAGGCUUCUUGACAAGCUUGGCAUCAUCGAAAGCCCCACACAACGUAUUACAUUCUACGGAUAUCGCAAAUAUUCCCUUACGAUGUAUUACAAUACGCUCGGGCCCACCAUCGCGAAAAAGCUGGCGGGACACAAGACCAACAGUACUACACUCGAGGAUAGCUACCUCGCUGGUAUCUCAGCUUAUAACCUGGCAGCCGCGAUGUUUGGGGACGAAGAGGGACAAGACGGAAGCAUGCAGGAACAGAUCUACGAUCAAGCUUUCAUGCGUGCCGGUGAACCGCUUACUACUGUCCCCUUGGGGGAUGCUAUCAAGAUGGACCCCGAGUGCAUGAAGCUCGCCACUACGAUCGACAUUCUCCGUUACUGCGAAGCAUCCAACUCGGAUGCGUGGAAGAAGCUUCCCGCCUACAAGAACCACGCCGACAAACCUCCGCUCGUUGUACUCCUUUACAACGCCAAGAAGGAACUGAGGAAAAGGGUAGAAAGGAUGCGUCGAAGUACCAAAAAGGAAGUCUCGGCCGAGACCGACAAGAUACUCCUCAAACGUUCCUAUAUUGAGAAGGCCGCCCAUUUCGACAAGGCCGACAAAGCUUCGACCCUUCCCCAAGCUAUGGCUGCAGCCUUUGACGACAUCGAGAAAGACCAGGCUGCCAUCCUGCUACAACAUUCGGAGGAUGUAUCGGUGGAAAUUGAUGUACAAGAGACCCUCGACGACGAAUUGGACGACACCGACAUUGAUCUGGAUGUGGUGGAGAACUUAGCGGCCGUCAACGCAGAUGAGCAGGACGAGGAUGAGGACGAAGUCGAAGUCGAAUUUCAGCGUGAUGAGGACGAUGAUGAGGACGAUGAUGAGGACGAUGAUGAGGACGAAGAUGAGGACGAACAUGACCAGUCUCAACACGAACCUGUCGCAGCUACGGCCUCGAAGACUUCGACCUCAGGCCCUUCGACCUCGAACGUCGAGAGAUUUGGCGGUCUAGCUGGUCCUGAAGCUGAUCCCGAAGCUGAUCCCGAGGCCGAUCCCGAAGCUGAUCCCGAAGCUGAUCCCGAAGCUGAUCCCGAAGCUGCUGGCAAAGCUGCUCCUACCGUCGCGACUACUCGUAUCGGAAUGAUCAAGUAUCUGUUGCACCGAUGUAGCGCUGAGCCCGGUGGACUCCUCUGCGAGAAAUGCGUCGCCGAUCCCACCUGCAGUAAGGAAGAGAAGAACAAGCUUUGGGACGGUGGGUCCGCGUAUAACCACAGGAAGUCCGAGUUCCACACAUCCCUGAAACUCAAAUGGAGACGAUUUUUGAGGCAAACCACGGGAAAAGAAUGGGUACGACUCACCAAGAAUCAUCAAGAUUGCCCGUGGUGCGAGGACUACGUGGCCAAGCAUCUACAAACGUUCGAACUGCACUGCGCGAAAAAGCACCUGGAUGAUAUCCCUGAAGAGUAUCGCCCGCAUCUCACUGAGGUAGCCGGAAAAAAAUCAUCCAAUUCCCGUAAGGGGAAGCAGGCGGAGCCCCAAGAGCCAUUCAAAGAGCCGUAUCAGUACCUCGAAGAACUCGCCGACGUCGACAACGGUCUUUCGACUCGGGUUGAAGUGAUUGACUGGGCGAACAAAUUUGAGAAUUGGUUCGAUCAAGUCGCAGUCGGAUCUGAAACUUAUCAUGAAGAGAGACAAUCGCCUACCUUGAGCGAUUUCAGUGCUACUCUCAGUGACUUCGACGCGUAAAGGCGACUUCGAACUAGAAGCGACUUUGAUGAUUCAUAUGCAAUCGCGGCUACGUGACCGAUAGAUAUAUUACGAAAGACAUUCGCGACAUAGACAUGCAAGCGACUUUGAUGAUUCUUAUACAAUCGCGGCUACGUGACCGAUAGAUAUAUUACGAAAGA